UCUACAUGCCUUUCAUCCAAAUUUCUGAUGGGUUGUAUGCAAUAGAGCUGUAUUGUAAAUGGCUUCAAGUACACAAUUCUCUCCUUCCCGCCCUCCACCUCAAGAGUGAGAUGAUAUUUGAAACGCCAUUAGAAUUACAGAUGGAGCUGCCUGACCUUGCUUUACCUGUUUGGAUGCUUAUUUGCUUCUAUGCAUCUGUGGAUGGCUAUUCAAGUGGAAAAAUAAGAGAAGCCUGUACUAGUAUGAUGCCCUGUCAUGGUGGCUUUCCACAGCCGUCACCUGAGCAUACCAUUACAGUGAAUGGGACUGAAUUUAAACCAGGGGACAGCAUAGAAGUUCAUCUGUCUGGACCAGAUUUUGAAGGAUUUUUCAUUCAAGCCCGGGAUGCAGAACACCUGGAUAACCCUCCAGUUGGUUCUUUCAUGUUAGUUGACAGGAGACUUUCUCAGCUUCUGACAUGUGGCCACACCAAGAAUUCAGCUGUCAGUCACACAAGUAAAGCUAAAAAGAAGUACAUAAAAGUUUAUUGGAUUGCUUCUGGAAAUGCACCAAAACAUGUACAGUUUCUAGCCACAGUUGUGAAGAAAUACAAGACUUUCUGGGUGAAGAUUCCUGGUCCCAUUGUUUCUCAGCCUAAUGCACUGUCCCCAACAACACCCUUGCAUUCAACAUCAGAGGCAAUGUCAACUUCACACCCAAUUUCAUACUUAUCAAGGCCAUUUAAUGCAUCAGGUUGUGGAAGUACGAAGUUCUGCGUUAGGAACCCUUCAAACUGUGAUCCUGAAAGCGCUUCCUGUUUUUUUCUAUCCUUCCAACAAGAAAAGAGUUCAGUAUUUAUUGAAAUGAGUGGUCCAAGUGAAGGAUAUUUAGCAUUUGCAUUGUCCCAUGACCAGUGGAUGGGUGGUGAUGAUGCGUAUCUGUGUGUUAAUGAGAAUCACCGCGUUCGUGUAAGCACUGCCUGUCUGAAGGGGCGAAGUCCUCCUGUUUUGGAUUCAGAGAAUGCCCUUGAAGAUGUGUCAUGGAGGCUUGUGGAUGGUGUUCUUCAGUGUUCUUUCAGAAGGAGUAUUCGUUUUCCUGCUCACAAAGGGAGAUUUAAUCUGGAUGCCAAUUACUACAUCUUUCUGGCAGAUGGGGAAGCUAGUGAAGGUGGAAUCAUAUAUAAGCAUCAUCGUCAACCUCUGAUCACCAGUGGAAUAUACAAUGUCACAGGCCUUCCUCAGGAUAUUGGAGGUUCCCGGUCCCCACGACUUAUCAAGGCUCAUGGAGCUCUCAUGUUUGUUGCUUGGAUUACUGCAGUUAGUAUUGGUGUUAUUGUUGCACGAUUCUUCAAACCUGUUUGGUCUCAUUCAUUCCUGUUUGGAAAGGAGAUGUGGUUUCAGGUGCAUCGUAUGCUUAUGUUGACCACAGUCAUUCUUACAAGCAUUUCUUUUGUGUUGCCUUUUAUAUACCGAGGAGGUUGGAGCGAACAAGCAGGUUUUCAUCCAUAUCUUGGCUGUACCGUGAUGGCUCUGACAAUCUUUCAACCACUUAUGGCAGGUUUCAGACCAUCUCGUCAUGCACCAAGGAGACAAUUGUUUAACUGGCUUCACUGGAGUACUGGUACAACAUCUAGAAUACUAGCUGUGGUGACGAUGUUCUUGGGAAUGGAUCUCCCAGCACUUGACCUACCAGACCCAUGGGACACCUAUACAAUGAUUGGUUUCGUAGCUUGGCAUGUUGGUAUUGAUGUUCUUCUGGAAGUACACAGCUACUGGCUCGUACGUAAAGUUGAAGUGAUAGAGGAUGACAGAGUACAGAUAUUGCAGUCACUCACAUCUGCAGAAGCAGAGGGCCGUCUGUUUAAACAGAUUGUGUUAACCAUCUAUAUCUGUGGAAAUAUAGUAUUCCUCAUUGCCUUCCUGGCAGCAAUCAACCAAAUAUGAAAUAAGUUAUUGAGAAUUUUGUGAUGAAACAUGGUGCAGUUGAAAAACCUGCAAGGAAUGCUUUCUGUUACAACUUUUACCUCAACACCUCCCAGAAGAUGCAUUUGAAGAAUAGCACAUGUUCAUAAUGCUCAAUGUUAGGGAGAACUUGAAUUCAAAUCCACAGAAGGAUGCUGCAGUCCUGUACAAGCUGUCUUCUGAUGAGACUUUUAAGUGGGAGUCUUUGCCUGAGUAAGGAAAGAAGUAUCUAUUUUUUUAAAUGCAGUAAUUAUCUUGAUUGAAGCUUAGGUUAAGAAGACUGCGAAGAUGUGAUGAAAGUUCUCUUUUGAUAGUUAGUUCCCUAAACCCUUCGUGAUUAUUGUUGGGAAAACUGAAAGAUUGAUCCAGAAUCUAUCAUAUCUGUUCACUUUACUGUGUUCUAAUGGCGUGUGAUGUGACAACUUCCUGCUCAUGACAGUUCUGUGUGUUAAAAAAACAAACCUUAGUGUGAAACUGUCACAAAUGCAGUUUGAUGCAUGAACUAGAUACUAUUGUUUAUCUUUGCAGUUAAAUGCAAAAAAUAUUCUCUCUGCUCUAAGAGCAAUACACUUACACAAGCAUAUGAGUUUGGGAACUUCAGUCUUUUAAUAAAACCACCAUUUGCCUCACUGAAAACACUGUUCUGUCCCAUCCACCUCAGUGCUUCAAAACCAUAAAGAGAAAAUGUGUUUGCAAUAGAAGUGCAUUGAAAGCCGUUGUAUUUACCCAAAACUUGAACAGGAAGACCCUAUCCGUGUGUAUGUGUUUCUGUGGUUUGCUGUCUUUGGUUGCUUGUGGCUUUUGAAUUUUCUGUGUGAAUAAGAUGGAUUUGUGCCACUUAGAUGCUUAAACAGAAGUGAAAAUAUUUGCUCAGGAAUGUUGCAGUUUUAUUUGCACUAUUGAGCAAAAUGUAGAUUAGGAGUUGGUUUAACUGCAGGAAAAGCAGCUUCUCUUAAUCUUAAGUGAGAGUCCUUUGAGCUGGCAUAUCUAGGAGGCAGAACUCUCUUUAUAAGAAUAUGGGAGGGCAUUUUUUUUUAUUCAACAAAAGAUUUAUCUAACUUUAUGAACUGGGUACAGGGAAUGGAAAGAGGCUAUAUUGUUUAACUUUUUUGGUUCAUGGUUUUGCCUAAGUAUGGAAGGACACUCUUGAAAUGGCAUCUCAGAAAUGAACCUUUAAUAUGCCAUGCAUUUCAGUGCUUUGCAUUUGUCUUUGCAGCUCUGAACAGUUUGUUUCCACACUUCUUCAUUUUUGAUACUGGAAAGUAUUGAUUUUAGUUGUAAUGCUUCAAAAUGUAUCUUCAGCCUAGGGCUACUAAGCUAGCUGGGAAGAAAAGUGUUGGAGUAUUGGAUAGAGCAGUAAAUAGUGAGGCCUGGCUUGGUAUAGACUAUUACAGCAAUAUCUCUCUCCUACCUGAUGGCCAGCUCUAAUGUAUUCAUACAUGUGGGUCAAGUAGUGAUUCUUUCCAUUCACUAAAGCUGUCUAUUUUUGUCUCUUCCUCCAUCUACCCAAAUCCACAGUGCAGCCUGUUGGCAGGGACAAGACAUAUUCAGAAAGCUACAAGUUUAUGUUUGUAGUCAGUGAUGUUCUUUUUGACUGCUCAAGUAACUGGUUUAUCCAUAAGGGCAUUUGUAGAGCUGUGAUUAAUCCCCUUGUCAGCAGAAGCGCACUGCAAGUGAGUGUAAUCAUCACCCUUCCUCCUGGAAACUGGAAAAGUCAUGUGCAGAUUGGAAAAGAGGGACUAUGGCAAAACCCAGGCUGAGGAGCAAGAAGCAUAUGGCUAAUUGUGUGGGUUUGUGGAUUUUUUAGAGAACUCUGAACUCAAAAACCUGGGAAUCGCAGGCCAAUCUAGUGCUAAAGUUUUGGGGGACUCUUGUAUGCCAUGAGUUUAUAGAAAAUCUCUCAACCUAGGCACAAGUGAUGGCUUUUUAAAUUUAUCAAUGACAAAUUCUUUCUGUAAUACAGUGCCCGUACUAUGUGUUGUUUCAUUUGCAUGUGACAAUGAAUGCAGGGGUUUUAAAACAUGAAUGUAAAUAUCUUUAAAAAUGUUUUUGUCCAUUUUAGUAAGGUGAAAACACUAUCAAAUUGAAACUAGAAAAGAAUAGUCUUGCCUAGCAGCAAAAUGGAUUGUCUGUUUUCUUUGUAGACAUUGUUUUAUAAAUUAAAGCUAUCUAAAUGUUUCCUGGAGAAACUCUUAUUGAAAUUGAAAUAAUUUCACACUGUGAUGCAGAAUUUCUUUUCCUCAAGAAAUUCCACAUCUAAUUCCACAUCUAAUACAGCUUUAAAGUUGGCAAAAUUGUCAGUUGUUCUGGAUAACUUGUUCCUUCUUAGUGCUAGUGAUAUUGUGCAGUUUCUUAUGUGAGGCCUUAUGUGCAAGUAUUGUAGUUUACUUGAUUGAAAGACUUGUUAAUUUUUGGUAAUGUUUGUUCACACCACCACUCCUGCCCUCUUCCUGCAUGACUAGUAGAAGGAAGCAAUGUGUCAUUGUAUUCUAGUGACUGCCAAAAUUUCUGCUACAGUCCUUUUGGGGAAAAAAGAAAAAAGUCUAUAAAAGUGUUUGGUAUCAGGAGGAAAUUAGGUGACAGGCAGUUUGGUUCUAGAGACACUGAUGGCUGCAGUGGGUUUUUUUUGUUUGUUUGUUUGUUUGUUUGUUUUCUGAAAUGAUAAAAUAUUAUAUAGAAGAAAAUUCCCAUUGCUCUUCUUCAUAAAGGAAUACCACAGAAGUCAAGAAAACUUGUUCACAAGAAGAGAUAGAGGUCUCAGUUUUUUUGUUUUUUCACUCUUGGAUUAAAUUUGUGAUGACAAAUCAACAUUAGCACAUUUGUUUGGGUUCUAGACAGGCAGAUGCUCCCAGUCAAGUAGAAACUUGUGAUCAGUCUCACAACAAUUAAAUACUGUUUUUAUUGGAGGCUGCCCCUAACAACUCAAAUACUGGUCACCUACUCUUGAUGUAACUACAAAUCAUGUUUCUUGCAUGUUUUGAAUGAAAAUGGACAUGCAAAUAGCUCGAAUACAAUGGAAUUCACUGCUACUUUGCUUUACUUGAAAUAGGUUUUUUUGCUAGCCGACAUGCAGGCUGCAGAAUGAACAAAGAAAAGCUGUGCUUUGUUUCUCCUCCUUACACUGAAUGCUACACUGUUUCCUGUUUUGUCAAAAGUCACAAGAUGAGGAGACUUCUUAUUUCGUGUAAUAAUGCCUGUGUUUUUCCUUUACCCAGGUUUGGGAAGGCUAGGGAGAGACUGCCUGCCUUUUUGUUUUCUAUUGCAGUUUGUAACACUACGUGGCGCUCUUGUUCAAACAACAACAGCAUUUUUAUUUUGCUUGCUUUCUUUAAUCUGUCAGUGAGAGCUUGAGACAUGAAAAGGAUGUCCAAAACAGGAAGUGUUUCUAGAUGAACUAGUCAGAAGAAUUCUCAAGCUUUAUUAAGAAACUCGAUUUUUAAAUUCAAGCUAGUUCAUACAGACAGACCUUAUGAAAUGGAUGUUUGCUUGAUAUCUGUCCUUAAGCUUUUGUUUGAACAGUUAUGGCCUGUUUUCUUUUGUCAUGUGUGUAAACUGUGCUCGAUGCGUGUAAAUCCCUCUUCAAACGACUUAAGAUGAAUGGCAGUCAUUGAGGAAAAAGUGCAAUCUUCUGCAUUUCGGUCAUCUUGGUGAUCUUCAGACAUUUGUUGAAUGCUAAAGUAAGGACUCCAGGUGAAUGGAAGGACGGUUAACAGGGGUGAUCUGCUAGUAAUUCUGAGGAAUUGUUUGCUCACAUCAAUCUGAUCCCAGCUUCUCUAAGGGGUGUGUGCGAAGCAGGGAACUGUUGCGUUCACUUACUCAAGGGAAUGGCACAGCAGAACUGGCACCAGGCAAGUGCUUCAGAACAUGUGUGAUACCAUCUGUUCUAGCUCAUGCGUGAGCUAAUUCAACCACUGUAUAGCUUCUACUGGUCUUCCUUGUGCUGUGCAAAAGUGACUUCAGAUAUUGUAAGCCACAAAAGCUGAACAUCUGUCACACUGAACCAAGUAUCUGUGAUACUGAUUCUGGACAAAUGAUACUGCACUAAGAAAGACUCCAAUUUUGGCUUUGUUUCAGAGAGAUUUUUUAUCUUGCUGGACCUUAGAAAUCAGUUGGCUUUAAAGAUUAAUUGGAAAUUUGCAUGGCAUCUGUACUGACGUGAAAAAUAUGAUUUGCCUUCUUGCAAUUCAGUUCUUGUUGAUAUGAUAUGUGAUGUGGGAAGGGUCUGGGGUUGCAGCACUCACAUGAUGAAUAUCCCCGCUUCUCAGAAGCGUACAACUCUUGAAUGCUCCUUUUUGUAUCUCUGUUCCUCCAAAUUAAUGAUCUGCUAUCCAUGCUCCUGCAUAGCUAGUGUAUUAGUGUGGGGCAGUUAAGAUUCAUUUGGCACAAACUGAGUAGUUUUAAUAUACAUGACAUCAGAAUUGCCCCAUGGCAAAGCAGAGAUCUGCUGAGCCCAGUAUCGUCUACAGAAGUGGUAGUAAGGAGAUAUUAGAGCAAGAGAAGUAAUAAGACUACAGUGACAUUUUCUCUUCCCAGCAAGAUCUCCUUGCUGCUUGCCAGAAUCUGUGCAAGGAUUUCCUUGCUAAGCUAGAGACUGCAGGUUGGACCAUAAACUCUUGUGAUUGGAUUUUAUCUAUGAAGUGUGCAA